UAGAAAGAAAAAGAGAAAACGCGUCAUAAAUAUUAAUUAAAUCAUAGAAAUGAAACUCAAAUCCCCACUUGUUCAGAUUCUUCCAUCCAGAAAUCAUUAAAUAAAAAGAGACUCCAACUCCAAUCCAAGAUCUUCAUAAUUCACUUGAGAGUUGAGUUGAGACACAUGUGCAUCCAACCAAACACAAACACAAACAGAGACAGAGACAGAGACAGAGAGUGAUAGGAAUAGGAUGCACGCCAAGACAGACUCCGAGGUAACAAGCCUGGCGGCGUCGUCCCCCACGCGCUCCCCUCCGCGGCGGCCUCUCUACUACGUGCAGAGCCCCUCCAGGGACUCCCACGACGGCGAGAAGACCGCCACGACGUCGUUUCACUCCACGCCCGUUCUCAGCCCCGUGGGUUCUCCCCCGCACUCUCGCCACUCCUCCUCCACGCGCUUCUCCUCCAAGAAGGACCACACUCACAACACCCUCAAGCCCUGGAAGCGAAUCGACGUCAUCGAAGAAGAAGGCCUUCUCCAAGGGGAUGAUCGCCGCCACUCCCUCCCUCGCCGCUGUUACUUUCUCGCCUUCCUUCUUGGCUUUCUGCUUCUCUUCUCCCUCUUCUCUCUUAUCCUCUGGGGGGCUAGUAGACCCAUGAAACCCAAGAUCUCCAUCAAGAGCAUAAAGUUCGAUCACGUAAGGGUCCAAGCUGGUUCGGAUUCAACAGGGGUGGCCACUGAUAUGAUCACAAUGAAUUCCACGUUGAAAUUCACAUACCGCAACACGGGCACAUUUUUCGGGGUCCAUGUCACCGCCACACCCGUGGAACUUUCCUACUCAGAGAUCGUAAUUGCUUCGGGAAACAUGAAGAAGUUUUAUCAAUCUAGGAGGAGCCAAAGGUUGGUGAGUGUGGCAGUGAUGGGUAACAAGAUCCCUCUAUAUGGGAGUGGUGCUAGCCUAAGUAGCACAACGGGUGUGCCCACAGUGCCUGUGCCAUUGAACCUUAAUUUUGUGCUACGAUCUAGGGCUUAUGUUCUUGGGAAAUUGGUGAAACCAAAGUACUACAAAACCAUUCAAUGUUCCAUCACUUUGGAUCCCAAGAAGCUCAAUGCUCCUAUUUCCCUCAAGAAAUCUUGCACAUAUGAUUGAUUCAUACAUGGGAUAGAGAAGAAGUGGAAGAAUGCACAUGGAAUAGAAUUAUUUGUAAGAAAAAAAUAAAUAAAGAUUAUUUUAUGAUUAAUGGGUUCUUUUGAAAAUGGGGAUACAGCUCACAGGGCAGUGACAUGGACGCGUUUUUGGGACUGUUUGGCUGCCUCAAUUUGCGGAAAGACAAAGACAUGUUGGGUUCGGUAGAGAAAUGUGUCUUGUGACAAUUUGUGAGUCAUCAUUUCAUCAAGACUUUAUUUAUUUAGUACUAUUAUUGUACUAAUUAUUUAUCCGAUUUUAAUUUAUUGAUUGUAAAAGUGACAAGUGAUUUGAUUCAUUCAAUCUCAAUGUUGUAAUUUUAUCUUUUUCUUAUGUAAUUAUGGUGUAAUUAUAGAGAUAUAAAUUUCGCUUAUUGAUCGAGUAGUUUCUUGAUCGUGAGUUUCAUGGUGGAGUCAUUAGUGGAGAGUGCAUGUUCAACGUAUCA